AUGCCUUUAACGUUUGCAUCACCAACACAGGCCUUUUAUCAUGAUGUUCAUGUUCGUCAAGUUGAUGUACCAUCAACUACUGGUAGUUUUGGUAUUCUGCCUAAUCAUGUCCCAGCUAUUGCAGUCCUUAAACCAGGUCUUGUAAGCGUGUAUAAUGACGAAACCAUUUCUAAAUAUUUUGUUAGUAGUGGUUCAGUGACAAUUAAUGCUGACAGUUCAGUUCAAAUAUUAGCAGAAGAAGCAUAUCCAUUAGAUCAAUUUGAUUUACAGCUCGUCAAGGUUUAGAACAAAGUCAACAAACAGCUUGCUUCAGCUACCACUGAUAUAAGUAAGGCUGAAGCACAAAUUGGUGUUGAGUUAUAUGAAGCUCUUGUCAAAGCAUUAGAAAGUUAA